AUGUUUACGCACAUGGGUAAUGGAAAUUCGUCAACUGUUGUCACUCACCCACACGAUCCAAAUAGGGUCAUAUUUCUGAGUUUUGACCCUUGUCAUGUGCUCAAGAACGUGCGAAGCCAAUUCUUGGAACGUGAGCUGCAUGACAGCAUUGGGGUCAUCUCUGGAACGUUUUUCCUAAAGCUGUACGACUUUCAGAAGGACAAAACCGUUGAACUGGCUCGAAACUUGACCAGAAAACACGGUUUUCCAUCAAACUUGGAAAAGAUGAACGUGCUUCGGGCAGUUCAAGUAUUUUCUCCGCAGGUAACUGCUGCGUUGUGUCAUCUCAAAGAGAACCGUGGUGGGGACCCCAGUCUCUACGGUUACAGGGAAGCCAGCCAAACCAUUUUCUUCAUGAACAUGAUGAGACAGUGGUUCGACGUUCAUGACACAACGUACAAAGGGAGUGACCACAAGAGGCCAAUAUCUAACGAGGAUGACCCUAGACUCGUGUGGCUUGAGAAGGAGUUCACCGACUACAUAAAAGAGGUACAAGAGGCUUCACUUGCAUCGGGAGAAGGUGCAUUCACAGAGCAAAUGUUUCAUGCUUUGUUGUUCACGUCGAGGGCCACAGUGGACGCAACACGGUUUCUUUUAAGAAGGGGUGUCAAGUACGUCUCUACCAAGAAUUUUAACAGUGAUCCUGUGGAGGCACUCUUUGGCCGGCUAAGGUCCAUGUGUGGGGGCAACGACGUGCUAGAUGCGCGUUCAGUGACAGUAGCCCUGGACAACAUUGUAAAGGGCAAAGCCCUCUGUUCAAAGCAAAUGGAAGUGGAGGAUGCUGAUGCAGAGGAGCUAGCGCUGAGUGUGCCACAAGAAGUGCUUGCAGACCUCGAGAACCUGAAGGGACAGCUGUGUGAUCCAUCGCCGUCUGUCAGGUACUCUGGUCAGGUGUACGUUGGUGGAUACAUCGUGAAGCUCGUCAGUGAGUUUGAGUGUGAUGCUUGUGUUACGAUGCUGACGACUACGAACAAAGCUGAUCCUUUGAAACGAGAUGCUGACUGCCAGCCACUCUCUUAUCACUCACAGGACGUCGAUGGCUGGGGACCCUGGGGCAGCUGGAGCUCCUGCUCGAGGACGUGCGACGGAGGCGUUAGCAGUCGAUCCCGGCGAUGCCUAGUCCGCGGCGGCUGUGUGGGCGAAUCCACCAGAACGCGGAUCUGCAAUAUGCAGGCGUGUCCGGAGCCCGUGGACUUCCGGGCGGCGCAGUGCGCGGCCUUCGACCGGGUCCCGUACCGAGGCCGCCUGUACGAAUGGACGCCCGUGCAGGACCCCAGCGACCCGUGCAGCCUGACGUGCCAGGCGCGCCAGUUCAAGUUCAUGGCCAAACUGGCGCCCAGAGCGCAGGACGGCACGCGAUGCCGCGAGGGAGCGCUCGACAUGUGCGUCCAGGGAAAGUGCCUCCCCGUGGGCUGCGACCUGGAGCUGGGCUCACUGGCUGAGGUCGACGAGUGUGGCAUCUGCGGCGGCAACGGAACAACCUGCAAGGCACCCAUCUUCUCCUGGGCGGAGGCACCCUUCUCGCCUUGCUCGGCAACCUGCGGUGGAGGCUACCAAGAGAGCCACCCAGUGUGCACGUCGUCAGACACGGGCGCCGAAGUGGACGACCGGCUCUGCGACGUGGACUCUCGGCCAGACUCCAGGGUCCGGGCCUGCGGAAGCAACCCCUGCCCACCCGGGUGGGCAAUGGGCGAAUGGAGCGAGUGCAGCGCGUCUUGCGGCGGUGGCAGGCAGGCGCGCAACGUGUCUUGUGUGCGGCCCUCAGCAACUGCGGGCUCGGCAACGGCGGCUGUGGCUGACCACUUCUGCCCCGGACAGAGGCCGGUAGACACAAGGCCCUGCAAUGCGCACCCCUGCUCGCGUUGGACCGAGGGCCAGUGGUCACAGUGCUCGGCUACGUGUGGCGUGGGCACGCAGACACGGGCGGUGGAGUGCCGUGACAUUCGAGGCCGUAAGAGCCACCUGUGCGACCCGAAGAGACGGCCGCGGUCCAAGCAGCAGUGCUCGUCGGGAAACCCGUGCCUCUUCAAGGGAAAAGAAUUUGGAUCUCAAGAGGACGCCCCUCCUCAAGGCUUUGCACCCUUCAAUGCACACUCCAAAUCACACCACCAGUCACCGGAACCAAGCUUCAUCGUCGGAGACUGGGGAUCCUGCAGCGUCACAUGCGGCGAUGGCGUCCAGAAGCGAUCUGUGGAGUGCAAGAUCUUUCUCGAGUUCUCCCGCACGAUGGCGAAGUUGCCCGACAAGGAGUGCACUGGCAUCCGUCCAGCAGAGAUGCAGCGCUGCACGAUGCGUCCCUGUGCCCUGGACCAAAAUCGUGGCGAGUCCGAAGAGGACGAGGAGGCCGACGAAGAAGGGGACGGAGCCGAUGACGGCGGCAUCGAAACCAAGCCGGAAGCGCCCUACUCGUGGCGCUCGGCGGGGUACACGCCGUGCUCUGCCUCCUGUUUGGGAGGGAUUCGAGAGUCCUUGGUAGAAUGCGUUCGCAACGCGGAUGGCCAACCGGUGAGCUACGUCCUGUGUGACAUAAAAGAAAAACCGGAGACCAUCACAGAGACGUGCAACAACAUGCCGUGCCCUCCAAGGUGGAACAUGUCCGACUUCACGCCUUGCACCAAGCCCUGCGGCGGUGGUUCGCAGUGGCGCAGCGUGCAGUGCGUGCACGAAGUCACCAGAGGCGUGGGGAACACACUCGUCGUCCACGACAGCCACUGCCCGGAUCCCAGGCCUCUGGAACGACGAAUGUGCAACCUGGUCGACUGCGUGGCUCGAUGGAAGCCGGACAAGUGGACCAAGUGUUCCAAGAGUUGCGAUGGCGGAGUGAAGACUCGCAAGAUUCGCUGCCAGAGGGAGCUGGCGUACGGCAGCGUUGCCGAACUGCCACCCUCCAAGUGCGCAUCGAGGCGCAAGCCCCGUGCCGUCAAGCCCUGCAACUCCAAGCCCUGUCGGGGAGUCAAAGGUUCCGUGCAGGGAGGACCCGAGAGGAAGGUAUCCCUGACUGCUGAAGGAGCAGCGUCCGUGUAUAGGGGAACGACGCUCAAGAUGCGUUGUCCAGGUGUCGUCGUCAAUGCUACCACCGAUGUCAGGCAAGUGACGAACUUUACAGGCUCCCGAGUGAAGUGGCUGAAGGACGGCGCGCCCGUGAAGGCAUCCUCGCGUCGCAUCGCCGUCUCGAGAAAGGGGGCGCUGCGGAUCCGCAAGAUGGACUUCGAUGACUCGGGCGUCUACGUCUGCUCGACGGGGACCUCGACGGGGCAGCUCAUACUCUCCGUCAAGCCGCUCGCCUCGGAGUCUCCGGCCAAAGGUGUGGAUCAAGAGACGUUCAGUACAAAAGACCUGCGAGGAAUUGGCGGGAAACGCCCCAAGGGAGUUGAUUUACCCACCUACAUUAAUGGUGUCGAUGACGCCAAGAACAAGAAGGGAUCCAAGGUCCGUGAGGGCCAGGCGAUCCAUGAAGUCAAAGGUACGCUGGAGGACCCAACGGCUCGGUCGGGAGCGGCGAGCCACCACGGCGGCUCCCCCAUCCCGAGCAUCCAAACGCUGCUCUCUGACUUCCACAAAAGACUCGGUGGAGGAACCAACCAAGUGAAGCCAGAGACCCUCGCAUCUGAGGAUGACGACGACGCUCUAAUGCACAACAGCUACGUCCUUGGCCGAGGCAAUGCGGACAGCUUGCUGUUCGAGUGGGAGACGACGCCUUGGUCUCUCUGCUCGCAGACUUGCGGAGGUGGCGGAUUGCAGGUGCGUGUGGCACAGUGCAUGGUCCGCCUGCACAACGUAUCAAAGACCGUGGACAACACGCUAUGCGUCGAUGCCGGCAUGGAUGCACCGCUGAUAAUUCAGAGCUGCGGAACAGACAGCUGUCCACGCUGGGUAGCGGGUCUCUGGACGGAGUGCACAAAAGGACACUGCCUGGGCCUCAGCCGCGCAGUUCAGGAGCGGCCGGUGAAUUGUCGACUGGCCAACGGCACCAUCAUCGAGGACGAUCACUGUGACUUCACAAUUAGGCCUCAGGAUCAGCAAGAGUGCUUCAGCGACCUCUGCAGAGGAGUCUGGAAGGUCGGCGAGUGGUCCGAGUGUACAGCGACUUGCGGGGAGAGCGGCUUUCGAACGCGUAUUCUGCGCUGCGUGUGGUACGGCACCGACAAGCCCGCCGGGGAUUCAUGUCGCAAUCACGACCGACCAGAGGUGCUCCAAGGCUGCCAGGCUCCACCGUGUGACGCAGCCAGACAAAACUGCGAAGAUCACUCGCGCAACUGCCAAAUGAUCCGCCAGUUUCGCAUGUGUCACAUGAAGAACUACCACGAUCUUUGUUGCGCCACCUGUGAGCGCAGCUAGAAGCUUCUCCUUCUGCCGGUCCCCAUCUCUGGACGACUGCCACGCAUGGAUGGCUGACCCACUGCGCCAGCCAUCCUGGUCCAGACGAAGAAGCAGUUGUCCAAAACGUCGCCGCUAGACACCGCUUGGUGAACCACCGAGACCAACAGUAGCGGCAAUGUCUUCGUCGCGUAUGUCUGAUUUUGUUUUGUUGGUCGAGCUGAUCACCGACAGAUGACGAUGAGAUCAGCUGAGGUGUAUGUUGCGUUGGUGUGGCGAUGUUUCGUGGAAGGGUUUUCCCAGUGUGUUUUUCCUGCGAUAAGUUGUGUAGGAUGUGUCGCAGUCAGUGUACAGGUUUCAGAACGCGGUUUAUGCAGCCAGCGGUACGAGACAGCGAUGAAACGCGCAGUAUAAACUGUUGGGGCGAAGGAUCUCGUGUCAUUGCUUUUCUGGCCGGCACGCGCGGAUGACGUGGUGAUGACGCAAUGCCCGAAAUUAUGAUUGACACAUGGGUCUUCACUCCCCUCUGUGCACUCUACACCGUCUCGCCGUGAUUGAGCUGAAGGAGAGAUUCUACGGCGCAGUGUGCCACUUUUGCUGCACCGUGCUGUAGACAGUGACACGUUUCGCACCGAAUAAGUAUACCGUUGUUCACCUUGUAGCAAUGUUAGUGUCACAAGCUGAAAAAAAAAGUGUUGUCAAAAGCGAGUAAAAAAAAAGGUUUUCAAGUACUUGAUAGAACCAGAACGUUGACAUACUCAGGUAAUUCGGGCAUAUUCUGAAAGACAUCUCCAGGGAAAAUCAGGUCCCAAGGCUUUCUUAUAACUGGACAUCUUACACACAUUGAAUCAAAAGUUGUUUCGUUUAGUUAUAGUCAGCAGCCUACACAAAAUGCUACGCGCAAUUCGUAAGAUGUCCCGAACCAGCUAGGCGUGCUUACCGG